CCAGGGCGCCAGUGCCGUGACCACGUUGUGGGGGAGUAAUUAGGCGUUCAAAAUAUUGAACAGUUUAAGAGGAUGAGUAGAGGUAUAUAGCCAGUGAAAAUGUGUGUGCAAGUCAGUUGAGCAUACCUCAACCUCACGGUUGUUUCCCUAGCAAUAUGGAGGCAUUUGGACUGAUUCUUUCACUUGUUUCGCUAACGAUUAGCGUUGUUGAUGUCCGGGGUGGCGUCGUCAAAUUUGGAUAUGGUGUGGAAAUGGCAUCUUUUUCAAGACCUUCUUCACCGUACGGCGACAGCUACACGUCAGCCAGCUCACCUUAUCAGAAGUACGAGACGACUACUUAUAAAUCGGCUUCGUCUUACUCCACGGCGGCUCCUUCGUACUACUCAUCAACGACUUCUUAUUACAAUGCGCCGAAUUAUUCCACUCCUAGCUUCAAAACUGCGGCACCAACUUACCAAACGGCGACGCCUUCUUACUACGCUGCUUCGUCUUACACCUCUCCUGGCUACAAAGUUGAAGCCCAAUCGUGUUACGCAACAACGGCUUUUUAUCAUACUUCAACAACUUACACCUCUGCUGGCUAUUAUACCACAAUUAGUCCUUACUACGAGAAUGCUCCCUCUUACGGUUACACAACAGCUGCUCCUCACCACGAUGAUACAGCGUCUUAUGCAGGAUAGUCCUACAGUCCCGAGUACGACGACUCGGCAGCGUCUUCUUAUUAUCCUGCGCCAGCUUAUACCACUGCUGGCUACCAGUACGAAGAACAUGCUUACCAUUCCACUCCUGCUAGUUAUGCAUAUGGAUCUGUUGCCUACACCGCAGACAGUUCUCACCAAGCUGCAGCAAGCUACUAUAUCCCCAGCGGUUACUUUAGCCCAUACGACGUUGAAUCUGCUGCCGGAACCUAUGAGGAAUCUCUUUCCUACUACUAUGCCGAUGCUAUACCCCAUAAAGAAGAAGCUCGUUCAUACUACCCAGCUGCUUCGCAAUCCUACCAAGAGCUACCUGCUUACUACGACGCCACCACAGUUGCUUACUACAAAAAGAGCCCGUCUUACUACACCACCACAGCCAAUUACGGUGAAGUUCAUGGACACUAUCUCACCGCAGCUUCUUCCUACUACACCAUUACGAUUUCUAUCUACAACACCACGGAAUGUGCUAGCUCCAACGCCAAACCUUCGCACUAUAAAACGGACUAUCCGUACUACACAACCUCUGCUCCCGACUAUUACACAGCCGCUAGUCCCCGCUAUUACACAGCAAAAAAUCCAGCUUACCACAGCACAGCCUCCCCCAGCUACUCUGCUUCCCCGGUUCCUAGAUACCAUUACUAGUCUCCUGCCUUUUACAGUCAACCAAAUGCUAGAUACUACUUCCAGAGUCCUUCCUACACCGGCUGCAAACCAACUUCGGGCUACAGCUACGAGCGUCAGCCGGCUACUCUUCCCAGUUACAAGCAUAACUCAUUCCCAUCCUAUCCAGUAAGGUAUCGAGCAGCGCCAGGUGCGUAUUAUAACCCGCACAUGCACUAGAUUCGAGCUAUCAGUUAAAAGUUAUUGUUUUCAUUAAACAUAAAAUUUAUAUCUCCAUCAUUCGAGUUGCAUACCCAGUUCGGCGAAUUAUUUAACUUCGAGCCAAAUAGUGUAUAUUACAUCGUUCAGUUCA